AUGGCUAAGUCACCGCCGAUCGUGUUCAUCGCCAGGCAUGGCGCGCGUCUUGAUGCCGCGGACAAGGACUGGCAUCUCACCUCUCCAACACCCUACGAUCCACCUCUCUCCUACGGUGGCUGGAUUCAGUCUCGCGCUCUCGGCGCUCGGAUUGCGAGCCUCUUGCACGCUCCGGAAUUUACAGGCGUAGAGCCCUCGGGCAGCCCCCUGACCUCGGCUCAGUCGAAUCUCAAACCGGCACCGUCCUCAUCGGCCUUGUCCCACCGAUACAGAAUCAUCAUCCACACAUCUCCGUAUUUACGAUGUCUCCAAACGGCCAUCGCGCUCAGUGCCGGCAUUCACCAGCAUCGCCUGGGUGAUGACACACCGGGAGUGACCAACCCGACCCCUGGCCCCGCGAAAACCAUCCCCAUCGAACCUCGCUGCCUCCUGCGUGUGGACGCUGUCCUUGGCGAAUGGCUUUCUCCGGAUUAUUUCGAGCAAAUAACACCACCCCCCGGCUCCGAGCGCAUGGUUGCAGCCGCCAAGGCAGAACUGCUGCGUCGCGGCGAUGGCAUUGCGGCCGGCAUCGAUAGAUCCGCUCGUUCAACGUCAGGGCAUUUUCCCGGGGGUUGGAGCAAUCACUCAAAUCCCAUAUCUCCGGCUAGUGAUCAUGAUGAUGACCACCGCUUGACGGGCCACGGCUCUUCUCAGCCCUUGUCCCAACAAGGUCCGCGACAGCGUGCCAGCACCUGUGAUACUCUGCGGAGCCCCGUAGAGACGGCCCGCGGUCAGAGUACGCUGAGUCGCAUCAACACAAAUCUGUCGCCUUGUCUUGAUGUCGCGUAUGUGCCCCCGACUCCCAGUUAUGCCGUCUCCGCGUCGGACCCCAUCCCGACAGGGUAUGUUACGCAUGCGCGAGACGCUUGCACCAAAAUCGAUUACCAAUGGGACAGCAUGCGCCCGCCGCAAAGUUGGGGCACCGGGGGGGAGUAUGGAGAGGAGUGGAGCACGAUGCAUGAACGAGUACACGCCGGUUUUAAACGGAUGGUGGACUGGUACCCUGAGCACUCGCCGUCCGCUUCCAAACUCUCACAUUGUUCAGCUCAGCCUGAGCCACAAACGGUUCUGAUCAUUGUCACCCACGGCGCUGAUUGUAAUGCCUUGAUCAGCUCGCUGAGUGGUCGCUCAGCCUUUCUCGAUAUCGGGACGGCCUCUCUCACCAUGGCAGUGCGCCGGGACCGAGGGGUUGACCGACCUUCCUCCCCGUCGGCCGGUGCCAGUGAUUCGCCCAGCCGUCCUCGGAAAGAUGGGUCGGUCGCGCAGGAGUAUGUCCUGCAGCUCGUGGCGUCCACCGAUCAUCUGCGUCCGGGCGUCAACCCAUCCCAGAUCGCAUCACUAGCAUCUCCAUCCGCUCCCCAGCAUCCACUCUCACCUCCUCCGAUUCCGACAUACCGCAAUCGUCUGGGCUCCCGCCCAUCUCUCCUCCCGGGUACAUUCACGACCGGGUCGACCUCGGGGUCCGCCAGCAGUCCCCGCGGCUGGACCCUUGCUUCACGCUCAUUAAUUGGUCCACGGGGUGCGUCGGGCCUUUGGGGUUCAAGCUCAUCACCGGCCGAUAAAGUGGACGAUUACACCGAUGAAGACUUUGUGCCCAACUUUGGUGAUCCGCGAACCGCGAACCAGAGCCAAGACCCCCAUGGCCCGGAGCUGACUGGCGACUCCAGAUGGGCCCAGCAAGUACCGCAGCGGACACUCUCCCAACGGGGCCUGUGGGGGAGUGCGCCGACCUUAGAAGACCGCGACACAGGGGUGAAGCGCCGGUGGACAGUAGCGGAACAGAAGCUGUGA